AUGUGCAAAGCAAGCGAAAUCCACUGCCGCGAUAGCAGCUGCUGUCGGCCCAUCGGGUGGUUCGUGGUGCAGCCAUGUACGCCCUUCCUCAAGGCCAAUAAAGGCAUGCCGCCGGCAUUUGACGGGAGCCGCGACUUGAACUGGAACACCAGCACCAGCGAUUGUGGUGUCCCGCGAGUUGUCUCAACAAAGAAGUCUACCUGUCGGACAUGUCAGCCAUGCUUCUGGAAAGCUCUCUGUUCGAACUUUGCGCUGGUGCAGGAUUGGGCCUACGUGGCCAAGACCCAUCGAAAGUGGUUGGCAGAGAAUCCUGGAGACGGUUUGCUGUGGCGGAGGACAAAGGCCAGAUUGCGGAGGGAAUACGACCAAUCUCAUUCCCAGGGGAAGAAGCGCAAGCUUGCCGACGAGAGCUUCGAGAUGCUCACUCCUCCUUUGAGCAGACAGUCAAGCCAGCCAGAGACAUCGCCUAACACAUCCAUAUAUGCGAGUACGGCGGACAACCUUGGCUGGUAUCCCACACCUCCUGAGAAUUGCAUCGACCCGGAGUGCCUGGGCCCAUCAGUUUUAAGCAUCAAUCCACCAGGUCCUACCGCUGCGUCGCCAGGCGGGCAAGACUAG